UGAUAGACCCUGUAGACAACUCACUGCACACUUUCCAAACCAUGGUCACUGAUGCAGGCAAGGAGAAGAAGGCUAGCUUGAUACUAUUGACAAAAAUAUGCAGAAUCAAGCCUCAAAUACCAGGUAGUUUUUACUUACUUACAUAUAUUUGUCUGUCUUUCUUUUGCAUUAAUAAUCAGAAGUGUUUAUGUAUAGGCCUUGGAGAUGCAACUGUGUUUUGGGACUUUAAUGCUAUAGAUGACUUCUAUAAAACUGAUAUGCCUGAUUGGCCUUUCAAUGAUGGUGUUGAUAACCCGCACCUUUAUCAGGUGAAAGAAUCUGAGUUGGUAGACAAUGAAUGGAUUUAUCUAUAUGCUGAAGCUGCUUUGUUCUCCGAGUGGCGCUCUGAAAUGAGUGAUUAUACGCCGUUUAAGAUGAAGAAAGUAAUGGUACAAACAAAGGAAGAUGAUGUGGAGGAGUCAAGUACGAAGCUUAAGUCGAGCAAUGCAAUCUUCUACAUGAUUUUCAAGGUUCGUGGAGGUCCAGUGUGAAGAGGCAUAGUAAGAAAAACAAGUGAUGGAAGAACAGGACACAUGCGUCUCGAAGCUAGAUGUUGGAUCGACAAGUCAAACUAAUGGUGUUCUUGUUAUGACUUGAUCUUGCUAAUGUUAUAAGUUAAGUAAGCGAGUUAGCAAUGCUUGUUUCUGUCUACUAGAUCUGUCUUCUUUUAUUUAAGAUAAGCUUUUCAUGUUCAUUUAUAAACUCCAAUAUAUACACUAAAAUGAACAGAAGCAAGAAGCAACUUUUUAU